CACCUCCACCACCACCACCUUUAAAAGAAGGUGCUAAAGGGGGGGUGUCCUGCAAAGAAAAGGAGAGGAGUGCCCCCUAACCUUUCCCUGCUUUCCACUGAAAUCUCCUAUCUGCAACCAUACACACUGUUGCUCUUCUUGCUCAAUUCUGCUCUCAGCAAUCAUUUCCCCAUAUAUAAGUCACUAUACCCUCUGCAUUUCACACCCCUUCAGCCAUGGAUUCCUGAAGAAGCUCUGCGCUACCAGAGGAGACUUCUGCUGUGCGUGAUUGCAAGCUGCGUGAGUUCCGCAAACCCGUCGGGUCUGCGAAUUUCAAGCUCGCAGGCUCUGCAUUGCACUGAAAUGGGGAGGCAUUCAUGCUGCUACAAGCAGAAGCUGAGGAAGGGGCUCUGGUCCCCUGAGGAGGAUGAGAAGCUCAUGAACCACAUCACCAAGCAUGGCCAUGGCUGCUGGAGCUCUGUCCCUAAACUUGCAGGGCUCCAAAGGUGCGGCAAGAGCUGCAGGCUGAGGUGGAUAAACUACCUAAGGCCAGACCUUAAGAGAGGUGCCUUCGCUCAGGACGAGGAAGACCUCAUCGUUGAACUCCAUGCUGUGCUCGGGAACAGGUGGUCUCAAAUUGCAGCACAGAUGCCUGGGAGGACUGACAAUGAGAUUAAGAACCUCUGGAACUCGUCCCUCAAGAAGAAGCUGCGGCAGAAGGGCAUUGACCCCAACACCCACAAGCCCCUCACUGAGGCUGAUCGCAGUGGAGCAGCUCCCACCAUCAGCACCGAGAGGACCUCUGGUUCCAGUGAUGUCAACCCGUCAAGCGCUGGUGCUCUAGGGAACUUCGGUCACCUCCUCAGCGAGACAGCCCAAUCUUCAAUGCUGCUGCCGGUGUAUGACAAGAAGCGCCCUGAAACUCCAAGCUUGGCACGACCUAAGGUGCCAGCAAAGGAGUUGUUCCUGGACCAGCUUACUGCUGGUCAUGAGAGCCCAUCAAGCUGCCGUUCAUCAGGUCCAACGCUGUAUUUUCCUUUUCAGCAGCAAUUAGGCUACAGCAACGAGUGUGGCAGUGGAGAUGGUGCAAAUAUGAACUCACUCUGGUUUAACCAGAAUGAUUUCAGUUGCAACACAAUUUCCACUGUGAUGCCAACAGUUUCACCAUCAGCCCUCUCGACGCCGAUGGGACUGAACCUCCCACCAGACAAUCACCGCCAUGGGGGCACUGGCAUCGGCAGUGCCCCUUUCUACUGGGAUGGUGUUAAUCCUAGCAGCAGCGGUAGUACCGGGAGCAGCGGAAGCAACAGCAUGGGGUUCGAGCCACAGAGCACGAACUCAAUUCUGGAGAACAGUGUAUUCCCAUGGACAGAUAUCGGAGUUGGGCAAGAAAAGGAUACCAGAGUUCAGUUAGUGGAGGAACUCAAGUGGCCUGACUUGCUUCAUGGAACCUUUGCAGAGGCAACCACAGCGAUGCAGAACCAGAGCCAAUCACUAUACGAUGAUGUGAUCAAAGCAGAGAGCCAGUUCAACAUGGAAGGGAUAUGUGCUUCUUGGUUCCAGAAUCAGCAGCCACAGCAACAGCUGCAAGCAGCAUCAGACAUGUAUGAUAAAGACUUGCAAAGAAUGCCCUUGUCUUUUGAGCAUAUCUAGGUACCAUGUUCUGCCAUACAUGGAACAGAGAAGAUCAGCAGAAGCUGAGACUUGUCUCACAAUUUCGUGAGCAGGCUAUGCUGAGGUGCUUGCAUAGAUACAUAUGUGGGUUGAUACAGAAAUCAACCCUCCACAACCUUCCUUGGUUAUAAAGAUCAUGCAGUGCCACGGAAAAGACAGCUCUGUCAUCAGGAGUGGCGUCAAAUUGCACAGAAAAGUACAUUCUGGAGUCUCCCUUUCUUUCUCUUGAAAAUUGUUGUUUUCUUCUGUACACGACAGCUCAACUUUUGGAUACUUGAGUUUUUGUUCACUCUCUGUUUAUCAAAUAAAUAGACAGGAAUGGGAAAAACUGCAUGUGUCGGUAGCUAUCACAGACCAUACUAGUAGUCCCAAACUUUUCAACUGCUGCCAUGCACGUAGAUGGGAAUUAAUUAUUGCAAGUUGUAUUUUUAUAUCUUUUGAGAAGUUGCCGACAAACUGCAGUCGUAUAUUUGUAAAGGCAGAAAAUUGGAAUAUAUUGACCCAUGAGCAAUUU